AAAUGUUUUUUUUGUAAUCAAACAUUAAUACAAGUUCAUGUUUGUCCACAUGCAGUCCUAUUGAGUCCUGUCAGAACUUCUACAAAGACUUCACGUUGCAGAUUGACAUGGCGUUCAACAUUUUUUUCCUGCUGUACUUUGGCUUGCGUUUUAUUGCUGCCAAUGACAAGCUCUGGUUCUGGCUGGAGGUGAACUCAGUGGUGGACUUCUUCACAGUUCCUCCGGUGUUUGUGUCGGUGUACCUGAACAGGAGUUGGCUUGGUUUGAGGUUUUUACGGGCUUUACGACUGAUUCAGUUCUCAGAAAUUUUACAAUUUUUGAACAUAUUAAAGACGAGUAACUCCAUAAAGCUGGUGAAUUUAUGUUCGAUCUUCAUUAGCACAUGGCUAACUGCAGCAGGGUUCAUACAUCUGGUGGAAAACUCAGGGGAUCCAUGGGAAAGUUUCCAAAAUUCCCAGGCACUUUCCUACUGGGAAUGUGUGUACUUACUGAUGGUUACCAUGUCCACGGUGGGCUAUGGAGACGUCUACGCCAAAACAGCCCUGGGCCGCCUGUUCAUGGUGUUCUUCAUCCUUGGCGGUUUGGCCAUGUUUGCGAGCUACGUCCCUGAAAUCAUAGAGUUAAUAGGAAACCGCAAGAAAUACGGUGGUUCCUAUAGUGCAGUUAAUGGGAGAAAGCACAUCGUGGUCUGCGGUCAUAUAACACUUGAGAGUGUGUCCAACUUCCUUAAAGACUUCCUACACAAGGACAGGGAUGAUGUCAAUGUAGAAAUUGUUUUUCUCCAUAAUAUUUCCCCUAAUCUUGAGCUGGAAGCCUUGUUCAAGCGCCACUUCACACAAGUGGAGUUUUACCAAGGGUCUGUCCUGAACCCGCACGACCUAGCCAGAGUCAAGAUUGAAUCAGCAGAUGCCUGUUUGAUUUUAGCUAACAAAUACUGUGCUGACCCUGAUGCUGAGGAUGCAUCGAACAUCAUGAGGGUAAUAUCAAUCAAGAACUACCAUCCAAAGAUCAGAAUCAUCACUCAGAUGUUGCAGUACCACAACAAGGCUCACCUUCUGAACAUCCCGAGCUGGAACUGGAAGGAGGGAGAUGAUGCCAUCUGCCUCGCAGAGCUGAAGCUUGGCUUCAUUGCCCAGAGUUGCCUGGCCCAGGGACUCUCCACCAUGCUGGCCAACCUGUUCUCCAUGAGGUCUUUUAUCAAGAUUGAAGAGGAUACGUGGCAGAAAUACUACCUAGAAGGAGUCGCCAAUGAGAUGUACACUGAGUACCUGUCGAGUGCCUUCGUCGGGUUGUCCUUCCCAGUGAUUUGCGAGCUCUGCUAUGUGAAGCUCAAGCUGCUGCUGAUAGCGAUUGAGUACAAGUCGGAUCAACGAGAGAGCAGCACCCUGAUUAACCCCGGGAACCACAUGAAAAUGCAGGAAGGAACUCUGGGCUUCUUCAUUGCCAGCGAUGCCAAAGAAGUAAAAAGGGCACUGUUUUACUGUAAAGCGUGUCAUGAUGACAUCACUGACCCCAAACGGAUAAAGAAGUGCGGAUGCAAGAAAUCCAAGACGCCAUCCUACAAGAAAAUGAGACUGGCAUGUUGUUUUGAUUGCGGCCACUCAGAGCGCGACUGCAUGCCGGUUAAUGUGCGUUGUAACAUGGAGUCCCCUCGACGUGACAUCCCGCUCUCUGCUGUCUCUGUUAAUGAUUACUCAGCCACCUUACGUGCCUCUAAAAACAGCUAUAAUGGAUAUAUCAAAUCAAUUGGAGAGGACCAACAGUCGGCGCUAUCACCUAAAAAAAAGCUGCGUAACGGAGGCAUGAGAAGCUCCCCGAACUCCUCACCCAAGAUAAUGAGACAUGACCCUCUUCUGAUCCCCGGCAGCGAACAGAUCGACAGCAUGGACGAGAACGUCAAGAAAUAUGACUCCACUGGGAUGUUUCACUGGUGCCCGUCCAAAGACAUCGAGAAGGUCAUUUUGACACGGAACGAGGCAGCCAUGACGGUCCUGAGUGGUCAUGUAGUUGUGUGUAUCUUUGGAGACAUGAAAUCCGCACUGAUCGGCCUCCGAAACUUUGUCAUGCCCCUGAGAGCGAGCAACUUUCACUACCACGAGCUGAAGCACAUCGUGUUUGUCGGCUCCCUGGAGUAUCUGAAGCGCGAGUGGGAGACGCUUCACAAUUUUCCAAAAGUUUCCAUUCUUCCUGGCACACCGUUGAGUCGGGCAGAUCUGAGGGCUGUCAACAUCAACCUCUGCGACAUGUGUGUCAUUCUGUCAGCUAAUCAGAACAAUAUUGAUGACGCAUCACUGCAGGACAAAGAAUGCAUUUUGGCGUCACUCAACAUCAAGUCCAUGCAGUUUGACGACAGCAUCGGUGUCUUGCAGGCUAAUUCCCAAGGCUUCACACCGCCGGGGAUGGAUAGAUCCUCUCCUGAGAACAGUCCAGUCCACGGAUUAGUAAGACAGACGUCCGUCACAACCGGAGCAAAUAUUCCCAUCAUAACAGAACUAGCACCUUUAGCAAAACCAGGCAAAAAAGUGCCUGUGAUUUCACUGAGUCAGGACAAAAGCAGUGGGACCAACAUACAAAUGAUAACUGAGCUGGUGAACGACUCGAACGUUCAGUUCCUGGACCAAGACGAUGACGAUGACCCGGACACGGAGCUAUACCUCACUCAGCCGUUUGCCUGUGGGACGGCCUUUGCAGUCAGUGUGCUGGAUUCAUUGAUGAGUGCUACAUACUUCAAUGAUAAUAUCCUCACCUUGAUCCGGACACUGGUAACAGGAGGGGCGACACCAGAGCUAGAAGGGCUGCUGGCAGAGGAGAAUGCGCUACGAGGCGGGUACAGCACGCCGCAGACCCUGGCUAACAGGGACAGGUGUCGAGUAGCACAGCUGGCCCUGUACGACGGGCCUUUUGCUGACCUCGGGGAUGGUGGUUGUUAUGGUGUCCUGUUUUGUAAAGCUCUGAAAACCUACAACAUGUUGUGCUUUGGAAUCUAUCGAUUACGAGACGCACACCUGAACACGCAGAGUCAGUGCACCAAGCGGUACGUCAUCACCAAUCCGCCGUACGCAUUUGAGCUGGUGCCCUCUGACCUGAUCUUCUGCCUGAUGCAGUUCGACCACAACGCCGGCCAGUCCAGAACCAGCCUCAGUCACUCUUCCCAUUCGUCGCAUUCCUCCAGCAAAAAGAGCUCCUCCCUCCACUCCAUCCCAAGCACUAACCGCACCAACCGCACCAAAGCAGGACUCACGAGACAACACAAGAUAGGA